AUGGCUUUUGUAGAAUGGCUUGCAUUCUUUUUCUUUUUGCUGCCACAUUAUCUCAAAUUUAAUCUGGUUUUAGCUUCUACGUCCUUGUUGACAUCUGGGUGGAAAUAUGGAUAUUUGGAAAUUUUUCUAAAUUAUAUCUCAACACAUGUUUACUUUCAGAGAGAGCAAGUUUCUAAACCAAGUGUAGGUGCAUCACGAAGGCUACUACAAUUUGCAGUGCGAGAUGCAGUUACCACAUCCCAGUCAACCGGUUUGACUUCAGAGCCAUCAUUAAAGCGAUUGCGGUCUGUGGUUUCUACACCCAAUGAAGAUUUCCAAAGCCGCCCGAAACUCCGGUCGAUUGCCCGAGUCCCCAAAGCCGUGGCUGUGGCCAUUAAAGUUGUAACAAAUGCUGCUAAAGACGUUGUAAAAGUCAAACCCUCGGGCAACGUGUUUGACCGGCUUGGGCGUAGUGUGGAGGAGGAUUUAUCAGAUACCCCUCACCAUCACCACUUCAAUGAAUAUAGAGGUAUUGCUGAUGAAGAUACUCAAAUUACAGAGGCUACUGUUCCUACUUAUUAUGAUGCGAGAAUAGCAUCCAACUUUGCGUAUGAUAACGAGGGGUAUGAUGUUGUUGAUCCAAGGGGAAAAAUGGGUAUUUCACAAAUUAGUAAUGAGUCGGUGAUGUCAGACUAUAGUGCGGUAGAUGUUGUGGAUGGGAUUGGUAGUACUAAUGCUAAUAAUAAUAAACCACGGAGAGAUCAGAAUUCUUCAAAUAAGAUGGUGAAUGCUUCUUCGAAUGUAAAUAGUGGAAAACCAUCUCAUAAUCCGAAACCAAGGGCGAUUUUGGAAACGGAGAAUCAAAAGCUUGUAGAGGAGACUGCCAAUUCUAUAAUUGUUAGCAAUGGAAAUGUGUCUGAGCUGGAAUCUCAAAUCGAUAGCUUUGAAGUUGAGAUGGAGGGGCUAUCCAUUUAG